AUGGCCGCGCUAGCAUUCUCGUCGAUCGGCCUUUCCGGUGUCAGUUCGCGCCGGCUCGCCGUGCACAGCGCGGGCAAGGCUCCGCCACGCCGCGCGGCCGUGGCCCGGCUGCAGGCCACUGAGGUUGCGGCGAAGGGUGAGGUGCUGUGGGAGCCCGACGCGGAUGCUGUCGAGCAGACGGCGAUGCGCAAGUUCCAGCGGUCCGUCGGCGUGGAGGGCGGAUACGGCGAGCUGUGGAAGUGGUCGGUGGAGGAGUCCGACACCUUUUGGACAUCGCUACUGGACUUCCUUGAGAUUGAGUACGAGGGCUCCACCACGCCUGCACGGGACGGCGACGUCAUGCCGGACGUCACCUACUUUCCCAAUGUGCGGCUCAAUUUCGCAGAGAACAUGCUGCGGCACGGGGCGCCGGGGUCCCCGCUCGCGAACGAGGAGGCGCUCGUGUCCAUCUCCGAGGCCCGCGACGACCGCCGCUGGACCUUCGCAGAGCUGCGCGCGGAUGCAGCCCGCGUGGCCGCCUCGCUCGCCGCACUCGGUGUGGGAAGCGCAGACGCGUGCGGAGGCUACCUUCCCAAUAUUGGUGAGACGGUGCUGGCGAUGCUUGGCACGGCCAGCCGGGGCGCCACCUGGACCUCGUGCUCCCCCGACUUCGGGCCUGCGGCGGUUGCGGACCGCUUCCGGCAGGUAGGCCCAAAGGUGCUCUUCUUGGCAGACGGCUACAUGUCGGCCGGCAAGUGGACGUCGGUGGUCGACAAGGCAGAGGAGCUGAUCGAGGCGCUGCCGACGCUCGAGCGGGUCGUCCUCGUCUCGCUCGGCGACGAGCCUCCCGCUUGGCGCAGCGAGCGAACCAAGCGGCUCGUCGUCGGGUGGGAGCAGUUCCUCGCUCAAGGCGACGCCGCGGAGCAGGCCGAGGCGCCGUUUGAGCGGGUGCCGUUCGCGCACCCGCAGUUCGUGCUCUACUCCUCGGGCACCACCGGAAUGCCAAAGUCCAUCGCCCACGGCGCGGGCAACACGCUGCUCCAGCACGCAAAGGAGCUGGUGCUGCACUCGGAGCUGCGGCCGCGCGACCGCAUGCUCUUUUACACUACCUGCGGCUGGAUGAUGUGGAACUGGAUGAGCUCGUCGCUUUUUGCGGGGGCGGCACCCCCCCCCCCCCCCCCCUCCCCCCCCAUUCCACCCGCCUCGGACCGCCUCCCACUCGCGUGCGCAGGCGCGGCCGUCGUCUGCUACGACGGGUUCGCCGCCUACCCGAAGCUGUCUUCGCCGUGGGACGUCGUCGAGCGCGAGCGGGUCACGCACAUGGGCACGUCGCCCCGCUUCUUCCAGGCGUGCCGCAAGCGCGUGCGGCCGAUGGAGGACAACGACCUCUCCGCGCUGCGCGUCGUCUUCUCCACCGGCUCGCCCCUGCUGCCCGAGGACUUCGAGUAUGUCUACUCGAAGGUCAAGUCCGACGUGAUGCUCGCCUCGAUUUCGGGCGGCACCGACAUCUGCUCGUGCUUCGCGCUGGGCAACCCGACGCUGCCUGUCCGCAAGGGCGAGCUUCAGGCCUUCGGCCUCGGCCUCGACGCCUGCGCUUUCGACCGCGACUCUGGCCGCGCCAUGGCGGAGCUAGUCUGCCGCUCGCCUUUCGUCGCCGCGCCGGUCUGCUUCUUUGGCGACGACGAGCGCAAGAGCCGCUACCGCGGCGCCUAUUUCUCCGAGGAUGACGGUGUGUGGUACCACGGCGACCUCGUCGAGGUGACUGGCUCGGCGGGAGAGUGCGGCGGCCUCGUGAUCCACGGCCGCUCCGACACCACGCUCAAGCCGGGUGGGGUGCGCAUCGGUACCGCCGAGGUGUACCGUUUCGCCGAGACGGUCGGCGCCGUCGAGGAUUCGCUCGUGAUUGGCGACCAGAUUAGGACGGGCAAGCGCGCCGGCGACGUGCGCAUCGUCCUCUUCGUCAAGCUCGCCGAGGGGCGCGGGCUCGAUUCGGAGCUCGAGGCCGAGAUCCGCACCGCCAUCCGCUCGGGCGCCUCGGACGCGCACGUGCCGGCUCUCAUCCGGCAAGUGCAAAAGAUCCCGUACACGCGCUCGGGCAAAAAGGUGGAGCUCGCGGUGCGCGAUCUGGUGUGCGGCGUCGAGCCCAAGAACGUGGGCGCCCUGCAGGAUCCGUCCGCGUUCGACGAGUACCGCCAAAUAGCAAAGACCGGGCUCUAA